CUCUCACGGCCGCCAUGAUGCUUGUUUGCCAUCAGUGAGAAAGAGCAGCGGAUCAGAAACAAAGGAAACGCGCACUCGUCUUUGUGAACUGGUAUGAGCUUACAGUAUUACAGGGAUGCCCAAGGAAAAAUAUGAUCCGCCUGACCCAAGGCGGAUGUACACGAUAAUGUCCACUGAGGAGGCGGCGAAUGGGAAGAAGUCAUAUUGGGCAGAGUUGGAGAUUGUUGGGAAAGUGAGAAGUUUGAGUACGUCAUUAUGGUCCCUUACCCACCUCACUGCUCUUCAUAUCAGUGAUAACUCACUUUCACGAAUCCCACCCGACAUUGCCAAACUACACAACUUGGUGUACCUGGACCUCUCGUCCAAUAAGAUCAGGAGCCUGCCUGCUGAGCUAGGCAACAUGGUAUCUCUCAGGGAACUGCUUUUAAAUAACAACCAGUUACGAGUUCUGCCUUUUGAGCUUGGAAAACUCUUUCAGUUACAAACGUUGGGUUUGAAAGGAAACCCUCUUGCACAAGAAAUCUUGAACCUCUACCAAGAGCCUGAUGGGACACGCCGGCUCCUCAACUACCUGCUGGACAAUCUUGCAGGCACCAAACGUGUAUCUAUAGACCAGCCACCAUCUCGCUCAUGGAUACCACUGCAGGAUACAGACAGAACACGCCCAGCAGCGCUUUUCUCUGUAAUGUGCUACAACGUGCUGUGUGAUAAGUACGCCACACGUCAGCUCUAUGGCUACUGUCCCUCCUGGGCCCUCAACUGGGAGUACAGGAAGAAGUCCAUCAUGCAAGAGAUCCUCAACUGUGGUGCGGACAUCAUCAGCCUACAGGAAGUGGAGACAGAACAGUACUACAACUACUUCUUGGUGGAGCUGAAGGAACAGGGUUACGAAGGAUUCUUCAGCCCUAAGUCCCGAGCCAGGACUAUGUCUGAAUCUGACCGCAAACAUGUUGACGGCUGCGCCGUUUUCUACAAAACGGAUAAGUUCAGUCUGGUACAGAAACACACAGUGGAGUUCAACCAGCUGGCUAUGGCAAACUCCGAGGGCUCAGAGGCCAUGUUGAACAGGGUGAUGACCAAGGACAACAUCGGAGUGGCUGUACUACUAGAGCUGCGGAAAGAGAUCAUGGAGCAGUCUGCUGGAAAGUCUCUGCAUGGCAUGGAGAAACAGCUCCUCCUGGUGGCCAAUGCUCAUAUGCACUGGGACCCCGAGUACUCGGAUGUGAAGCUUGUCCAGACUAUGAUGUUCCUGUCUGAAGUGAAGAACAUUGUGGAUAAGGCCACUCGCAGUCUGAAGCUCUCCUCAGUUUCUGGGGAAACCAAUGCCAUCCCUCUCGUCCUGUGCGCUGACCUCAACUCUCUACCUGACUCGGGUGUGGUGGAGUACCUGAGCACAGGUGGUGUGGACAGCACCCAUAAGGACUUCAAAGAGCUGCGAUACAUUGACAGCUUGACCAACUUCAACUGCAACGGCAAGAACGGCACCUCCAGCACCAGGAUCACGCACGGCUUCAAGCUGAAGAGUGCCUACGAGAACGGCCUGAUGCCUUACACCAACUACACCUUUGACUUUAAGGGCAUCAUUGACUACAUCUUCUACUCUCAACCUUUGCUCAACGUGCUGGGUGUGCUGGGUCCCCUGGACCCCCACUGGCUGCACGAGAACAGUAUCACUGGCUGCCCCCAUCCUCACAUCCCCUCUGAUCACUUCUCCCUGUUUGCACAACUGGAGCUGCUCCUGCCCUACCCGCCCGCUGUCAACGGCAUUCAUCUGCCUGGUCGCAGGUAGUUCUCCGAGCCAGCAGGGGGAGCUCCGGCCCUUUUGCUCUCACGGUGGAGAGGGAACGAGGCAAGGGCUGUUGUGUGUAAAUCUGAAUCUCUUAUGAGGAGAUGGGGUAUGGCAAACUUUUAUUCCCAUGGAUUUUAACUGAAGCAGACACUUUUGUCAGUCUUAUCUAUACCACGUCCCACCCACUUGUUCUUUUUGUUUAAUUUUCUCCCUCUGUUUCUGGGCACAAGUUACCAUUCUGUACUUUUUUUUUUUUUCUCAAAACCCUAAGGGCCCCAAGUGAUCAUGUAAGUUUUACCUUAAGACAGGAAAAAAUAGUUUGUUUUAUAUAAAUAACUAAAUGGCAAUAUCUUUGAAACAUGCAGGGAGUCCAGCUCAAGCGAAAUAUCAUGAAAUGCAUAAUUUGGAUCAUGCUAUUGAGGCCAGUUUAGAGCGAGCAGCUGAAUUUGAAGACAGAAAAA